AUGACCCAAACCUCAGCUAAAAUUACCUCAGUUAAAAUUCAAGAUUCCCUGCCACCUGGAUACUCUGCCCCUCCUGAGUCCCUGCAGCCCGAGCAUCCUGAGGCGCCUCACACUGAAGAAGACUUUGUUGAAGAACAAGUUGGUGGAGGAAAGCGCUAUCAAGAUCCACCAGUGGAGCACACUCCUACAAAACUCCACAGUCACAUCAAAGCUACAAACCGUGAUGCAGGUUUAGUGAAGGAAGCUUCUAUGCGUCAGGCCAGGCUUCUCAACGAGGAGUUUAUGGCGGAUUCCAAUGGACAGGUACUUGAUACAUUGCUCGCUGAUGCUGAAUACUCAACCCCUCCUCAGCCUGUGCUUCGAGAGCGUUCACCUGCACUUCAAGAGCGUUCAGUGCCUCCUCAGCCUGCUCUUCGAGAGCGUUCGGUGCCUUUGCAGCUUCCUAUACAAGAUGUGUUUUACGAGGCUCCUCUUAUCAAUUCAUCUGAGAAUGCUCGCCCAGAUGGUGGCCAGCCUCCACAGCCCAACUUCUUUACAAAACCCUCGUUUCUACCACUGGAACAAUAUGACUUCAGUGGUAUGAUGUUGGGUUCCUUCAAAAAUGGCAGAGAUGACAACCACAUUGCCGGCUCAUCGACAUUGCUACCUGCUGUGCCUCAGACGUACAUCACACCUCCUACUCCCACAGGGCCUGCAGAAUGGGAGGGUCAUCCUUACACUGACGACUUUCCCAUGGAUGAUGCUUUCGACUUCCCCGUGGACGAUACAUCUGAUGUUGUCCCUGCAGUGAAGGGGCGAAGAUUUCAGACAGCGAAUGCUGUGCUCCAAGAGGGAUUCGUGGAACUCGAACAUAUGAUUCAAGAUCUAAGUAGCAAAACAGCCAUCCCCACUCAUCAGAUUGUCACACUUUGGAACAAGAGCCAUGCACGCUCCACCAGUACUGUCAACCAUUGGAACGCUUACAGUAGUUACUUCAAGGACUACCUCAAGGACGAGCUUGUGAGGCUCGGCAGGAGGGCCCCCGAGAUUCAUGGCACACCAAGUGCCACUGUGCCCCGUAAUUGCUAUGAACUCUUCAAGGCAGCAUUCCUGGACAAGUGGCAAAACAUCCUCGAGCUUCAUGAACAGUCAGUGAUGCUCCUGGGUAUUCCUCAGACGGUUGCCAUGUGGGGUCAAGAGUUCCAGAAAUUUGGCACAAAGAUCUCUGGCCUUAUGGACUCUGCAGCAGCUCGCUAUGGCUUUGAGGCUGCUUUUGUAGUGUGCGGAAAAGUCGUUAAUCAAGACGGCUCGCUGGGCCUAGCCCAUACGACACCUGGAGCUGAGGGUUUUUGGAAAUCGCGCUGUAGGGCUGAUGAAGAUACUAUCAUCGGUCACUUGAAAGCCCAGGUAUAUAACCUGACAUCACUCGGUGUCGUCGAAGAGGCCUUUGAUGAAGACAGCAUUGGGACCAAGGCCAACGUACGCGGGGCUUCAGUCCCCCCUUCAGAAUCUCUCGACAUUUCCAAGCAUGGAAUCAAGUGGAUCAAGGAUGAGUUGCAUCGUCAAAUUGAUGCACUAAGCGGAAAACUAACGUCCAACAAGAUUUUUCCAUGGAAGACACUGCCAUCGGAGCUCACACGUAUGUCAAUGAUCAUCAAAGGAUAUCCGGAGGACGUGCUCCUCCCAGGUGGUUUUCAUACCACCAUAAAUAAAGGUAUCGCAAACCUGACUCUGAAGGAGACCAGCAUUGUCAUCGCAGCCUUGAAGGCGGGGACCAUGAGCAUCAAAAAAAUUGCCAAAGCUAAGCAAGCUAAAGUCCUCACUUCUGAGUGCCCAGUAGUGGAGGGCGCGCCUCCUGCAGCAGAUUUGGUUCAUACUGCAGGAUGUCGCCUUUUUGUGAAUGGCAAAUCAGAUCGCCUGGGUGCUCUGCACCUGAAGCAGAGCACAGCUACUUCCAUAGUCAAAGGCAAAACAUCAAAGAAAGCAUUGGCACUGCCUGCUUCCACAACAUCUCUUGCUGACGAGUCCGAUGACGAACCAAGCGUGUCUGCACCUGUCUGCCCCCAGCCUCCCCCCUCCCGAGAAUUCAAAGUCAUUAAGCGCCCGACGGGCCAGAAGAAGGUCGACAAGGAGGUCAUUUCCUUGGCGUCUAGUGAUACUCCGUCUGGCUCAGAGGACCUAGAUGAAAACCUGGAGGAAUCAGUGAUUCUCGACUCCGAUUACCAAGAUGAUGUUUCCUCCAAGAAGUGGAAGGCGAAAUCCGAAGGCGCCUCGCGAGCAUCCAAGAAGAGGUCACUGUCUGUUGCGCCUGCAGAGAAGGCAGUCUCAGCAAAGAAGACGAAAGGUAAGGUACCUGUGAGGCCUAAACCCAAGGUGCCUGAGAGGAGAGCACUGUCGGGGACUGCUGAGUCCUCCGGUGAUGAACAUAUUCGAGAUGUACAAGCCAAACCUGCUAAACGUCUGCUUGAUGGUUCGUCAGCUCAAGAGCAUCCUGUGACUGCAGUCGAUCCCAUCAUGGAUAAUGACGUCGAUGCUCCUGAUGGUAGUGCCGUCAACAAAGCUGCAGCAGAGACUCGCUCAAGCAAUGUUGAUGCUACCAACAGCCUCCCCACAUGUCCCUUGCCUCCCUCGCCAACUCGUCAUGCUUCGGUAGACUUAUUCCCAGACAACAUCGUGCGUGCAGGAUCUCUCGCACCAGCUUCUAAGUCGCCUGUUGUGCGACCUCCAUCCCUGCAGCGCGGGAAAUCUCUUGGGCCAGCAGCUAAGUCACCUCUCAUGCAACCUCCAUCCCUGCAGCCUGUGACAAUUCACGACCAACCCAUUGGGCGCAGGGAGCCUGUCAUGGGGAUGUCACAAUCCCAUCAUGAGCAGCGUACCGAUGUAGAGACUCGCGCGUCUCAAUGCCGGAUAUCCGGUCUUUACCCAUACAUUCCUAUAUGCGACAGCUCUAAUCCUAAGGACCAGUCUCGCGCGCACUUAGGCGCGCCUUACCUAUGCACGCGCUAUAUGCGCGCUUCGCGCGCCUCCUCAUAG